AUGUCAAGCGACGAUGUGACGCCGAACCGAUGUUCGACGGAGGAGGAAUCCGACUCUUCUGUCUCGAAAAAGUUGAAAGUCGAAGAUGAAGACGACAGAAACAUGGAAGACGAAAGCGAUACCGACAGCGGACAAGCAUUGAGUGUCGAGACAGAAGAGGAUGAAGGAGUCGUGAGACCUCCUAGAAUAAAUUUUUUAAACAUGCAAGACCCGGAACCGGAGUGGGAUAAGGACAGCUUCGAUGGUUACGAAUGCUACGACCCUGAGGACCGUAAAAGCUUCUCCAACGACGAGGAGUACGAAGAGUUCCGCCAAUUUAAGAUCCCGGCCUGGAAGAAUAAGGGUUUUUAUGAAGAAGAUCCAUUCAGGUACAUCUUUCCUCUUACUGAUCUGGAACAACGUUUUAGAAACAUGACAACAAGGGAAUAUUUGGCGGAUAUUGCUUCCUUGUGUGUUAAGAAACUCAACGAGGAGAAGGGUCCCUCUGUGGAAUUUGUAAGUAUAGUGAGAGGCAAUCUAAAAGCAGGAGGUGGGUGGAAGCUUUACAUCACCUUUACGGCUCGAGAGUAUCUGGAUGGUCCUCUCGUGGAGUAUCAAGCCAAGGCCAUGGAUUUUGCAGGAGGCGAAACACCUCCCUUCCCCAUUAUCUGCAGACCAGCUCCUUCCAUGUCCUAA